GGGCCAAGAAUCACCAACGUGUUCUUACGGAAACCAUUUAUACUUUAUAAUAAUAUAUAACAAUUUAAUUUAUACAUUUUAUGAAAUUAACCUAAAUAUUAUUUUUCCUCUAACAAUACUGAAAAAAAGAAAAAGCCUUAUCGGAAUCAGAAAAAUUUGACACACACAUAACCAUCCACACAAUUCAAUCGAAAAAUGCCAUAAACUUAUCUCAAUCAAUUUUCACAUCCACACCUCUUCUACUCUUUCUUCUCUUCUUCUUUUUCGUCUCUUCAUAUUCUAUCAUCAAUAAAAAUCCAACCUUUUUCUUCUGUUAAUUUCACUACCCAUUAUCCCUUAUGCAUGUUCCACCUCAAUUCAAACACAAAGUUCAUAUCUUUAUAUCAGAGGUACCUUUAAUUCUUCACUUUCAUGACAAUUUCGUUUCUGGGUAGGUUCAAUUCUUAGUUUUUCUAGCUUGUGUAAUGAGGAAUUGUUGAAGUUUAGCUAGAUUGUUGUUUUUUGUUUUUGUGUGUUGUUGGGUUUUAAUAUGUUUAUAUUAGUGGGAAACGUGCAAGGAACAAUGAGUUCUCUUGCUUCACCAGUGACUUUAGGGAGUUUCAUUGGUGCAAGUAGUUCACAUUCUGUUGUUAGAAGAGUUUCUCUUUCUAGAGGGAAUUGUGUUAAAGGAAAAAAAAGAUGGCAUUGUGUUUCUUUGUCUGUUUGUAGAUAUUCAGUUACCACUACUGAUUUUGUUGCUGACCAUGGGAAUCCGGUUUCCCUUGAUUCUUCUAACAAUGGUGAUACUGAUAAAGGUGGUGGUGGUGGUUUUGGGCUUAAACCUCCUCCCAGGCCUGUGUUGAAGUCCUCUGAUAAUGACGCGGUUUUAGGAUCGGGUUCGGGUUUAGGGGGUUCGUUGAGGAAUAGUCAGGGUUCGGAUAAUGUGGAUGAGAGGAAUAAGGUGAUUGAGUCACUUGGAGAUGUUUUGGAGAAGGCUGAAAAACUUGGGAAUUCUAAGUUGGGUGGUGAAAGAAGUAAUGGUUUGGUAAAUAAUCCGGUAAGACCUGAGAUAAAUGAUAAACCUAAGGAUGUUAAACCGGUAAGACCUGAGAUAAAUGAUAAACCUAAGGAUGUUAAACCGGUAGGUUCGUUACAAAAACAUACAUCUAAGACGUUGAAGAGUAUAUGGCGGAAAGGGGAUUCGGUUGCGAGUGUGCAGAAGGUUGUGAAGGAAGUUGUUAGGCCUAAUAUCAAGAGUAGUGAAGUGGGGGAAUCUUUAAUAGGGGGAGGGGAGAAGGUAACAUCCAAGACUCGUGAUCCUCAGCUUUCUUUAAGUCCUCUACCGACAUUACAAUCUAGGCCUUCUAUUGCCCCCCCGCCGCCACCACCGCCACCGCCGCCUAUUAAAAAUGCCGUUAUCUUGAAGGAUGAUAAAGGGCAAGGCGAAACACCGGUUAAUUCUAAAGAAAAAAAGGCGCCUAUCUUGAUCGAUAAAUUUGCUUCAAAGAAACCGGCAGUUGACCCUGCGGUGGCUCGAGCAGUUCCAGCUCCUUCUAAACCAGGGAAGGCCCCUCCCCAAGGAAGGUUUAACGAUGAUUUCCGGAAGAAAGGUGCUACGUCUGGGGUAGGACCAAGAAGACGUAGGGUAGUGAAUAAGGAUGGGAAUACUGAUGAGGACACUCGUGGUACUGCAAGAAAAGGAAGGAAGUUGAAUAAAGCGAGUCGUAGGGCUGUACGGCUUCAGGCUGCCAGGGAUGCUGCUCCGGUUAAAGUUGAAAUUCUAGAGGUCAGCGACCAAGGUAUGCUGGUGGAAGAGUUGGCAUACAAUUUGGCGAUUACUGAAGGUGAAAUCCUCGGUUCUCUAUACUCCAAGGGGGUUAAACCAGAUGGGGUACAAACUCUAGACAAAGAUAUGGUGAAGAUGAUAUGUAAAGAUUAUGAAGUGGAAGUUAUCGAAGCCGAUCCUUUCAAAGUUGAAGAAUUAGUGAAGAGAACGGAAAUUCUUGAGGAAGAUGACCUAGACAAACUCAAAGAUAGGCCUCCUGUUAUUACUAUCAUGGGUCAUGUUGAUCACGGCAAGACAACACUUUUGGAUUAUAUACGGAAGACCAAGGUAGCGGCUUCUGAAGCUGGUGGGAUCACACAGGGAAUUGGAGCAUAUAAAGUGCAAGUACCUUUUGAUGGCAAAACAUUGCCGUGUGUUUUUCUAGACACUCCUGGGCAUGAGGCAUUUGGGGCAAUGAGAGCCCGCGGAGCAAGCGUAACAGACAUUGCUAUUAUUGUUGUGGCUGCUGAUGAUGGUAUUCGUCCUCAAACAAAAGAAGCUAUAGCUCACGCCAAAGCAGCAGGAGUACCCUUAAUCAUUGCUAUAAACAAGAUAGAUAAAGAUGGAGCAAGUCCAGAUCGAGUUAUGCAAGAACUUUCUUCAAUUGGUUUGAUGUCAGAAGACUGGGGUGGCGACAUCCCGAUGGUUCAGAUAAGUGCUCUUCAAGGGGAGAAUGUAGACGAUCUUUUGGAAACCGUUAUGCUUGUUGCCGAGUUGCAAGAACUGAAAGCUAAUCCCGAUAGAAGUGCGAAGGGCACAGUCAUUGAGGCAGGCUUGGAUAAAUCAAAAGGACCGUUUGCGACAUUUAUUGUGCAGAAUGGAACACUCAGAAGGGGUGAUAUAGUAGUCUGUGGAGGAGCUUUUGGAAAGGUAAGAGCUUUAUUCGAUGAUGGUGGGAAGCGUGUCGAUGAAGCUACACCUUCUAUACCUAUCCAGGUUAUUGGAUUGAAUAAUGUUCCAGUCGCUGGUGAUGUAUUUGAGGUUGUUGAAUCCCUUGAUAUUGCACGUGAAAAGGCAGAGUCUCGUGUUAUGUCAUUGCGAGAUGAACGUAUUUCAGCAAAGAUGGGAGAUGGCAAGGUCACUCUUUCUUCGUUAGCUUCUGCAGUUUCGUCAGGAAAGCUUUCUGGACUAGACUUGCACCAAUUGAAUAUGAUUUUGAAGGUUGAUCUUCAGGGAUCUAUUGAAGCCGUCAAACAAGCCCUGCAGGUGCUACCACAAGAUAAUGUCACGCUGAAGUUUUUGAUGGAAACAACCGGUGAUGUAAGCACAAGUGAUGUUGACCUUGCCGCAGCAAGUAAAGCCAUUAUUUUUGGAUUUAAUGUCAAAGCACCAGGCUCCAUAAAAAGCUAUGCAGAUAACAAAGCUGUUGAGAUACGAUUAUAUAAAGUUAUUUAUGAAUUAAUUGACGAUGUACGAAAAGCAAUGGAAGGACUCCUCGAUUCUGUUGAGGAUCAAGAAGCAAUUGGCUCAGCAGAAUUACGGGCUGUAUUCAACAGUGGUAGUGCCCGUGUUGCUGGAUGCAUGGUUACAGACGGAAAGGUUACCAAAGGUUGUGGCAUUCGGGUCAUUCGGAAGGGAAAAGUAGUUCAUGUUGGUAUUCUCGAUUCUUUGAGGCGGGUGAAAGAGAUUGUUAAAGAGGUAAAUGCCGGUCUCGAGUGCGGACUUGCGUUAGAAGACUACGAUGAAUGGGAAGAGGGUGAUAUUCUUGAAGCCUUCAACACAAUUGAGAAGAGGAGAACCCUUGAGGAGGCCUCAGCAUCAAUGGCAGCAGCAGUGGAAGGAGUAGGAGCUUAACAAUACAUCGAACAAAGGUGCGAGUAACACUAUGAUGAGGAAAAGAAGGUAACAACAAUUCACACAUGAUGAUAUUUUUCAUUGAAGAUGUGUUGCAGCUGAGUUCAAAAUGAUCUGUUCCAUUGGUUGGUGUAGAAAUGUAUAUAACAAAGUAAAUUUUAGUUUCAGCUCUUUUGUAAAGAGGGAAAAAAGUUUCAAUGCCUUGACCUAGAAAUACUUGUAACACCAUCACAUAUAAGACAAGGAAAAAAAGAACUGCAUUGUUUAUUUUCUUCUUCAUUUUUUGUAUGAUGCUCUUCAUUAAUGGAUGCAUCAUCUUAUUUUUGAUAAAAAGAGACAAAUGGAUGCAUCAUUUUAUAGA